AUGUAUUGGGAUAGGUGUGUCUUGUAUCAACAAAGUGGUGGUGCAACUACUAAAAGACCAACCACUACUUCAGCAGCUUCUGGAGGUGCAACUACUGGUGGAAAUGGUGGUGCAACUACUUCAGCAGCUUCUAUAGGUGUAACUACUGGUGGAAGUGGUGGUGCAACUACUAAAAGACCAACCACUACUUCAGCAGCUUCUGGAGGUGCAACUACUGGUGGAAAUGGUGGUGCAACUACUUCAGCAGCUUCUAUAGGUGUAACUACUGGUGGAAGUGGUGGUGCAACUACUAAAAGACCAACCACUACUUCAGCAGCUUCUGGAGGUGCAACUACUGCUGCAACAACUACUGGUGGACGUGCUGCAAAUAUUUCUUUAAAUUUUGCAAGUGUUGCUCAACCAACAAGUCAAUUUAGUACUCAACAGUCAACUACUAGUGCUAGUGGCUCAAAUAAGAGUAGCAAAGUUAAAAGAGGUGGUGCAAAUCCCGGAUAUAAGAGGCCAAGAACAGAGAAGCCAAGAACAGCUGGUUUUGGUGUGCUAUUUGGAGCAAAUGGUAGUGUGAUUGAAAGGUCUGCAACUACUGAUAAAGUGUUACAUUGUGCACCAUUGAAGAGUUCAGUGCCUACCAAUAUCGAUCUUGGUUACAAACCCAAUGGACUAAGGUGGAAGGGUGGAGCUGCAGUUACUCAAAGGCAGCUACAAGAACAAAGUUACAAGCGAGCCACUCAGUCCACACCAAGCACUCAAGAUACAUAA